CUGCAACACACCCAUCGCCCCUCUUCCUCUCCAUCUCCAAUCUCACUCUCUUUACCUCACCUUCGCUCCCACCAGCCAUGGCGUCGCGACGCGACAUGCAGGACAUCAUGGGCCUGCCCUCCACCACCACCACCGGCGCCCCCAAACCUCCUGCUCCCAAGCGCCCAAAAGCCCCAGGCCUCACGGGCAAGCGCAUGACUGGAAUCAGUCGUGAGGUGGUCGCCUUGAUGGGCGAGCGCCCGCCCCCCGUUGCGAUUUACGAUGAGAAGAACAUGUACAAGUCGCGCCGGCACACUGGCCCGGCAAAGAAGUGGGCGCAGACUCCCUUCUACAACCCGGCCCGUCGUGACGGCCUCAUAUUGCAGCAUUGGAGACGGAAACAGCCCAUCAUCAGGACUGGCCCGGACGAACCCGACGUCAUGAUGGAGGAUCUCGACAUCCACGGACCCAUCCAGAUUCAGAGCGACUACGAGUUUGCAAAGUACAACGUCCAGGUCGACGUGCCCGAAUACACGGACGAGCAGUACGAGGCACACCUGCAGAGCGAGGACUGGAGCAAGGAGGAGACAGACUACCUGUUUGAGCUGGUCAAGGACUACAGCUAUCGAUGGCCGGCCAUCUGGGAUCGAUAUGAGUUUGAGCCCGCCGCCACGACGGAGCAGCCUGCCGAUGACUCUGGCACCGCUGCAAUCCCCAAAAAGACGCGCAGCAUGGAGGAGCUCAAGGCACGCUUCUAUUCCGUCCAGGCCGUCAUCAUGAAGCUCAAGACGUCCAUACCCACCAUGACCCCGGCUGAAUUCUCCCUCCACGAAACCCUCUCAAACUACAACAUCAAGACCGAAACCGACCGCAAAGCCCUGGCCACCGCACUCCUGACCCGCACCAAAGAAGACGUCGUCGAAGAGGAGUUCCUCCUCGUCGAACUGCAGCGCAUCUGCGCAUCCAUGGAGCGUCUCGAAGCCGAACGCGACGACAUCCGCCUCACGCACGACUACGUCCGCAGCACCGCAUCCCCCGGCGAAUACCAGACCUUUGCCUCCCUCAACACCCUCUUCCAGCAUCUCUUUGCCCAAGACAAGAACAAGAAACGCCAGGGCACCUCUGCCGGCGGCCGCCUCUCCAUCAACACUUCCGACCUCACAAACCCCAACGGCGCCCCCAACAACCACCGCGACUCCCUCGCCUCGGCAGCGACAACAACAACAACCUCGACCGCCCACCCGAACAAAAAAGGCAGCGCCGCCGCCGCCGCCGCACACCACCAGCCAAUCCGCCACCUCGCCCCCGCCCAAGAGCGCCGCUUCGGCGUCUCCACCCACGACCGCCUGCAAUCAGGCGUCGUCUUUCGCUCCGACAAGCUGUCCAAGCUGCGCCAGGCCAAGUCCCAGGCCCAGACCAACAAGCUCCUGGCCGCCCUCGCCGAGCUCGGCAUCCCGGAUACCACGCUCAUGUGCAGCGCCCCCACCGUCGCCGCCUUUGAGCGGCUGGUGCAGCGUGUCGCCGGCUUGCUCGAGGCCCGCAAGGCCCGCGAGAAGGAGGAUGCCGAGAUGAAGACGGUCGCCCAUAUGCUUGCUGCCAGGCGGCGCGAGGUUGCCGGGGAGAAGGGCGAGGUGCCUGAGGGUGCGGACGAGAGCGAGAUCCGGGAUGGUGGUGGUAGUGCGAGUGCGGGUGCUGGUGCUGGUGCUAGUGUUGGUGCGGGUGCUGGUGCUGGUGCAGGGUUGAGGGGCGGCGAGGACGGAGCAGGGGAUGAAGAAGAAGAUGACGAGGAGGACGAGGACGAUGAAGAUGAAGACGCGAACAAAGACGACGCCAACGCAUCUAGUCGCAGCGACGACGACGAUGACGAUGACGAUGAGGACGACAACGACGACGAAGAUGACACCCAAGACCAAGACCAAGACCGCACCCUCGCCGAAGACAGCGAACUCCCCGACAUGGACGACGCCGCGGGCUCUGACGCGUCCAAUGAUCCUGACCCCGACCCUGACAACGACAACGAUCACACCGUCGACCUCGACGACGACGACGACGACGACGAUACUUCAGACGUCGUCUCACACAACCCAAACAAUCAUUCAGACAACGAUAACGAUAACUCCGACGACGACGAAGAAGACCAGGACGAAGACGCAUACGGCGACACGGACAUGGCGGGCACCACGCGGCCUAGUUCUGUCGUUGGCAAUGGUGGCGGUGGCGGUGGUGGCGGUCUCGACAUGACCUCGAAUUCAAGCAGCGCGCGGCAGGGACAGGGGCACGGGCACGCGCAGGGAGUAGAUAAGGGCGUAGGGCAGGCAGGACAGGCAGGACAGGCUGCACAAGCAGGACAUAAGCGCAGCGCGAGCGUCCUGAGUGCGACGAGUAGGAGUAGUAAGGCCAGUAAGCGGACGCGGAAAUGAGGGUUGUAUGGUGUUUUUGUUGGUGUUGUUGUUGUUGUUGUUGUUGUUGUUGUAGAUGUGGGGAUGAGGGGAUGAG